CAUGUUAUGACAUGUUGUUGUCAUCAGCUGAUACUAGCCAGUGCAUGCAGUGCCAGCCCAUUUCUAAAGUUUGUAGCACAUGAAAACAUCGACGAUUUCGAUCUGAAGGCAGAAAGUUAACCUCUAGCAAAAAAUGUCGAGCAAGGCAGUAUCACAACAGCUAAUCACUGAUCAAUUCAGUCAGCAAAAAUCAGGACGCAUUCUUGAGAAGUCAAAGGGGAAAGGCAAGCAAAAUGUAGCUGUUCGAAGCCCCGCUGCAAGCCCGAGGAAAUCAGGGAGAACCAUCGAAGUUGAGAGUGCUGAAGAUCUUAUCAGAAAGAAACAUCUUAACACACUCCGGGAAUUUGAUCUGGAUUGGAGAUAUGGACCUUGUACGGGAAUCACUCGUUUGGAGAGAUGGGAAAGAGCCGAAAGCCAUGGUCACAAUCCUUCACCUCAUGUCAAAGAUCUCAUUUUAGAAUAUGAGGAUGAUGAUGAGUUUGUCCAAAACAUCUGGUCUGGAUACCCUCUAUGAAUUGUGUUCAUCUACCCGGAUAUUGUAACUGGCUGACAUACAUGUAAACUAUGUGACUGUGCCAAGGAUUGCAAAAAACUCUUUUGUGUUGCCAUGUACAUUCCAACAAAAACAAAAAUAAAAUGAACUCCAAUCUGAGCACAAUGUUAGGACUCAUCUUACUAACAUAUCAUUCUCAGAUUCAGAUAUGCAUUUGUUGUUCCUUCCUAUCUCUCUGUCUUUCUCACUUUCUGUCUCUCUUAAGUGAAAUUUGUCAUUACAAGUAAUGCAGAUUUUGACAUUUUGCCCAGAAUCAUGUGACAUGAGAUGGAAUUUGAGAGCUAUUUCCAGUUAUAAAUCUGGAGUUUUAAUGGCAUUGGAGGUGUUAUUGUUAGUUCAAAUUCAUAUAACUCUUGGAAGAGUGGCAAAAUAUGAAAAUAAAACUAGUGAUAUCAUAAGUUUUGAAAUGAAUUUGGAUACAAAUUAAAAUGUUAGGGUUUGUUUAAGCUGCCAUUGGUGGGAUCUUCAGAUGGGCAAAUCUAAUCAGAUGUACAUAUACUAAUAUUGUCUAACAAAUUAUAUUGUUUUCUUCUAAGGAAUUACUUUUUUAAUAUUGAAGAAAAGUAAGACCUAAUCAUGAUUUUAGUUAUAGCCUCAGUCGAUGUGGAUUGCUGAAAUUAAAAUAUAAACAUUUCAGAAAUUGGUGCUAUUUUGCCAGGCCUGUUUUUAACAUAGAUGAGAUGGUCACUAUCAGUAAACCGAUUCACCUAGUUGUGCAUCACUUUAACUGGUAGUUACACAUUUUCUUAUGUUAAUCUUUCAGUUUACUCUCUUAUUUGUUUUGAUAUGUUUUUAACAUUUCGCUUAACAUUGCCAUAUGAAUGUUGGAUGGCCUUUUAAUUGAACAUAUAAAAGUGUGAUAUAUAUAUUUGUAAUUAUGUAUUUGCAUUCAGAGAGCAUUUUUUUAAAGUCAUGUUACACAUUGCCUUUUUCAUUGGCAUGAUUUUAUUGUUGUAUUAUGAAAGUUUGAUAUUCAUAGAAAGAUAUUCAAAGAAAUGUGUACAUGUUUGUUGUACAUGUAGCAUUGCGGUUUUUUUAAUUUUUUUUAGUAAUGUGAACGGAUCAAUGCCAACUGUUGGCAGUUCUGUAUUGAAUAACAAGCCACUUGUAAUUCUAAGCUUUUCCUGAAA